AUUGCCUGUACUGUACUAGCUAGCUACACACACGUACGCACCUCACACGUACACGUUCAUUAUGCUCAGUAGUCGUUGUUUUUCGAACGGUGUGCGCAUGUGAAAAUCAUCACAGAGGACAAAUAUUUGGACCGUUUUUCUCGCUAUUCAUUUGGAGGAUAUAAAAACUCAAUAUGAUGAUCAGUGAAGAUAUCAGUGAGCCGUCCUCCCCGGACACGCCGUUUGAUGAUUCAGACUUGCUUAAUUCAAGUAUGACGGAUGAUGUCUCUGCACAAUUAGCAGCAUCUGGUCCUAUAGGCGUAGCUGCUGCUGCAGCCAUAGCAACAGGGAAGAAACGCAAGAGACCGCAUUCUUUUGAGACAAAUCCUUCCAUUCGGCGUCGCCAACAAACAAGAUUGAUCAGGAAGCUGAAAGCAACCAUUGAUGAGUAUGCAACCAGAGUAGGGCAGCAAGCUGUCGUUCUAACCUGUACUCCUGGCAAACAUGAUGGCAAUUUCAAAGUAUUUGGUGCUGCUCCCCUGGAAAAUAUUAUGAGAAACUUGAAGGGAAUAGUCCUACAAGACCUUGACAAUGCCUUGGCACAGAGAGCCCCCCAGCCGUCUAAUGAGAAUUCAGACCUGUAUGAGCUACCUCCUCUGGUCAUCGAUGGCAUUCCUACAUCAGUCAACAAGAUGACCCAAGCCCAGCUAAGGGCAUUUAUACCUCUCAUGCUUAAGUACUCAACGGGAAGAGGGAAGCCAGGAUGGGGAAAGGAGAGCUGCAGGCCAGUAUGGUGGCCAUCUGACCUGCCAUGGGCUAAUGUGAGAAGUGAUGUCAGAUCAGAAGAUGAAAAGAGAAAGGUUUCAUGGACCCACGCUUUGCGUACGAUUGUCAUCAACUGCUACAAGCAUCAUGGAAGGGAUGACCUCUUGCCAGAGUUUAUUGAAGAUAAGUGCAAGGAGAUAGAGGCCUCUCAAAACCAGGUUGCUUCACUACCGACAGCAACCCUACUACCAUCCCAUGCUGUGGUACACACAAUCAACAACCCUGAUGGGACAGUCUCCCUUAUCCAGGUUGAUACAGGAGCUACUGUAGCAACCCUGGCGGAUGUUACGCAAGUACAACAGUUAACCAAUCUUCAGACUCUUCAGCAAGUAAGACUUCAGCCUCUGCAGAUUCAGCAUGCACUAGGCAAUCAGCAAGCAGAGGCUACACAAGCUGUACAGACUCUGGCUGAGGUAGCUGCUGCACAAGGAGGAGAUUGCAUAUAUCAGGGCGAGUUGACUGAAGGGCAAACAGUAACCACAUUGCCAGAGGGCACUCAACUUGUUCUAGCAAGCGAUGGAUCGCUCCAAGCUAUAAAUGAUGGCACAGCACAAGGUAUUGUUAUCCCGGCUUCGGUGUACCAGACAGUUGUAGCAGGAGAUGGACAGCCCAUUCAGAUCGCAAAUGUGAAUAUUGCUCAGCAGAGUGGCGGAGGAACCACUAUGGCAGCUAUUAAGAAUGCUGUCAUGCAAUCCCAGCCAAUCCCUUCUCAAGUAGCUACUCUAGUAGUCAAUGCAGCAUCACAUGAUCAACAUACAUAGCACCAAUCAUCAACACAUUGCCCUUCUCAAGGAUGGUGGUCUUGAGCUUUCCCACAGGCCCAGGACAAGAUUUCAGGAAAUGUUGAUGCACAAUAAUUUGUUGUUGAGAGAUUGCAGUUUGGCAUUGCUCAUUCAUAACUAUAUCUUGGCCUUGUCUCAUAAAUACUUGUGAUCAAUUCAAAUCAGUCAAAACUUGAUAUUAAUAGCAAGCAUGUACUAAAGAGAUGGAAGUUUGUAAGUCUAUGAUUGAUUGGAGGAAUUGCAAUCAAUCCACAUCAAUUCAUCUCUUUGUAAGGCAGGGCCCAUACACCUAACAGAUUGACAUUGCAGAUAGAAACAUACAGUCAGCUGGUCUGACUUGUUAGUUUCUUUUCUUUUAUCUUUUUUCUGUUUGUUUUGUUUGAUGUUUUUGUUCUUAUUCAUUUCAGUUAGCUUUUGGGGUCGUGAAAUUAAUAUGACAUCUCCUUUAUUUCAAGACGAUCAACAAUUUUCAAAAUUUCUCUUGCUGAUAUUGAAAGAGAGGAUUGGGUUCUUGCAUUGGAGAAAUAUUUGAUCGUCCCCAUGCUGUCCAGCUUGUUGAAUUUUGUUCUAUUUAGAUCAUGUGUUGUACUUGGUUUUCCAAAACAACAACACAUUCUUUUUAUAUUGAGGUAAUGAAUAUUGUUAUAUCAGAACCUUAGUCUUAAACUUUGCAGGUGCUGUUAGCAGUUGGGAAAAUUCACAUUGAGCAUCAUUUUAUUAUGUGUGAGGGAACCGCAUAAUAUAACAUUUCGUGGCUAUCUGUGUGUGAUUCAAUGUUACAAAUAUUGGUGUACAUUGCUAACAGGAAAGGUGCUUAACUACUGUAAAAUUCAAACUUGCAUGAAUGCAUUUUAGGGACCCAUUCACAGGAAGCAUGGACAGAAUGUAUAAUUACGUUUUGAUGGUGAGGGUAUAUAAUUAAUGUCCUUCUCAUAACAUGCACUCCUCUUUAUUUCAAAUUUUGGUUGCCAACAUGAUGAGCUGGUUGUAUAGUUCACAACAUUCAACUCACUUCAAUAUCAGUAUUUGUUUUGCAAAAUUUGUAAUUUUCCAUCCAGGCCACGUUUUUUUAAUAAGGGUGUCUGGUAGGAUUUGUAGUUGUUCAAUAGCAUCAUGUAAGCACACAAAUUGUGUUUUCUUGCCUAUACAUGUCUAUUGUUUAGGGUGCAGUCACUAUUCUUAUAAUUUUUUUUCUAUCAUCAGGGUUGGGAUAAAACUCUAUUCUCCCUACUUGAUCAGGUUGUAUUCUGAAUUCACCUUUUUUUAAUGCACAACAAGCACUUUGUCACAAUGUUUGUGCAUGUUAAAGCAAAUGAAUGCAUGGGGAAAAGUUUUUUUUAAAUCCCCCCCCCCAUCUUUUCCAUGAUAGGUAGAACAGUAAGACUCGAGAAUCUUACUAAAAUGGACAUAUCCAUUGUCAAGCUUGGCAUGAAUUCCCUUUGAAUUUCUUGUCGUUAUCAUUUUUGUGGAAUUAUUGUUGAAAGAGGGGAAUUCGGUUAAUUGUUCAUUUUGUUAGACUUGCAUUUGGCUACUUACAUGUGAAGUUCUUCUACCUCACUUGUUUGCAUGUAUGUAAGAUGCUGAUUGAAAUUCAACAGUACUAUGGACUGUUUAACUCAAUGCUUACCAAAGAGCAUUGUACACUUCAUGUAGUAGCCUAUAGCAAAGGUGACAGGGAACAAGUGAUUUUUCUCAAUGGAUUCCCAUGUUCAAGAUUGAAAUGUUAAACCAUACAGUUUUUUUUGUCCAUCCUGCCCAUGUGUCAAAAAUGUAGAGUGUUAUAAGUUUAUGACACUCUUCCCAUUUUCAAGUUUCUUCUUAUAACUGAUUCUAGUUUGAUAUAAUUGUUGUCAUUUCAUGUUUUAGAUAUGAAUAUUUUUGAAGCAGAUUGACAUACAUCUAAAGGUUUAAAUCAUGCUUAAUUAAAAAUUUGCAACAUAUUCAUCUAUUGAAUGAAUUGCAAUGACUUUUGUUUUAUUAAUUUCAAUUUAAACUUAAAACUUAUGAAGUAUAUUUAUUUGAGCCUUGGUAAAUUUAAGUGUAAAUAACUAUGAAAUAUGUAUGAUAUCAGAGUUCUUUUCUAUUGGUAAAUUCAUGAUAUGCCUGAUCCCACUUUGUACAGGUAUAGAAGUUUUAAACAUUGUACAGUGCUACAUGUAUUGCUUUUAUAUGCACAGUAAAUUUUGUCAAAACUCA